UCUUGCGGCAUGGCUUCGUCACGGUGCGCGCCCCUGCCCCUUCUGAGCGGAUGCUCAUCGCUGUCACGAAGCAAGCUCCCGUUGGAUCUGCUCGCGGCUCCUGCUACGAUUCACUUCCACACCCUGCACGGCCCGCGCUCCAUCGGAGGUCGAGGAAGGGAGCCGAUCCUGCCGUUUUGCGCUCGUCCACGAGUGGAAGCAAUGGGCAAGGUUCCGGACCCUCCACGAGUGGAAGCAAUGCCCGAGGCCGACAAGGUUCCGGACCCUCCACACCGCAAGCUUCCGGACCCGCGACUGCUGAAGGAGGUCCUUGGCAUCCUGGAGACUUGGAAUCAGGGGUGUUGUCGCCGGAUCCUAUGCCGCCAUGGCACACUCUGUCUGGAGGACGAGCAAAGACAUGGAUAUGAACAUCUCUCUCCAGACGAGCGAGACUGAGCGGUUCCAAAAGAUGGUGGAUGAAGUGCAAGAUACGCACUGGGUAGAGCGCUUGUCGGGCCCUUUUUAU